AAGAUAUUUUCAUGCGAGAAUGGUGCUGAGUAAACUUCAAAUACCUGCUCGAUUCAUCAAGACAUCACAUAUUUGUAUAAGUGCUCUAACGUUUUCGGAGAUGCCUGGCACAAAAAUAACGCCAUACACUGUAGCUUCACCUGGAAGUGAUCACACUGACCGGAACAACAAGAUGGCGAGGACUGUGGUGCUUCGGGAGUAAGUUCUGUAACACAGACGGGUGAAGCAGCCGUGUGUCCCCACAUCCACCAUGAAUCUCCAGCAGCCAGCCCCUCUCAUCCCCCCCGUCCACCCUGAUGUGCAGAUGAAGCCUCUUCCCUUCUACGAUGUGCUGGAUGUUCUGAUCAAACCUUCAAGUCUAGAUGGAUGUUCAGCCUCUGUACCCCACAGUGAUGCAGCCACUAAGGAAACUCUUAAGGCUGCCCAUGAUGCGAGGUGGGACUCGUGCUUUCCUGCUUACGAAGAAAAAUAUUUUAUCUUUGCGUUGACGCCACAACAAGUUAGAGAAGUGUGCAUCUCCCGAGACUUUCUACCAGGUGGGAGGAGAGACUAUAUGGUUCAGAUUCAGCUGAGGUUUUGUUUAUCAGAGACGAGCUGCCCUCAGGAGGACAAUUACCCCAACAGUCUUUGCAUAAAGGUCAAUGGAAAACUGUUUCCUUUGCCAGGCUACGCACCGCCACCAAAAAAUGGCGUGGAACAGAAGAGACCAGGAAGACCACUCAACAUUACCUCCCUUGUUAGACUCUCAUCUGCAGUACCCAAUCAGAUUUCAGUGACAUGGGCACCUGAAAUUGGAAAGUGUAGAAAUGUGUUGAAGCCCUGUCAUGUGUGUGUUUCAACCUGUGUCUUUGCAUUUUGCCCUCCUCUCUGUGUUCCAGUCAAAGAGAAGCUGACAGCAGAUCCAGACAGUGAGAUUGCUACAACAAGCCUUCGAGUGUCUCUUAUGUGCCCGCUGGGUAAGAUGCGACUGACGGUGCCAUGCAGGGCUGUGACGUGCUCCCACUUGCAGUGUUUUGAUGCUGCCCUCUACCUGCAGAUGAAUGAGAAGAAACCCACCUGGAUCUGUCCUGUGUGUGACAAGAAGGCUGCGUAUGAGAGCCUCAUCAUCGAUGGGUUGUUCUUGGAGAUCCUGAACGACUGCUCGGACGUGGAUGAAAUCAAGUUCCAGGAGGACGGGACGUGGUGUCCAAUGAGACCAAAGAAAGAAGCUGUGAAGAUCCCCACUCAGUCCGUUCCAAAGGUGGACACCUCGGCUCCUUUGCGUCAACCAUCGGUGGCCCCUCAUUCUACUGAGCCCAGCUACACCAAGAGGGCGGACGUGAUUGAUCUGACUAUAGAAAGCUCUUCUUCUGAUGACGAAGAGGACAAAGACCCUCCACCCAAGAAACGCUGCGUCUACAUCUCCAAGAAUGAGGAGAUGCAUGCAAAGGGAGUGUUGAGCUACCAGCCCACCGUGCGAGUGCCAAACGUCCAGGCCCUGGACCCGUCGUAUCUGAACUCCACACUGGCCGACUACGCGGUCCCCUUCCACCCUUCGGCCUUGGCCUCCAUCCCCACAGACAUGCAGAGUCUGGAUCUGUUUUCCUUAAUUCAAACGGAUCCACAGCAUUACCCGCCUCAGAUGUUCCUGGAUAACCUGACGAGCAGCAUGCAAAAUGCAGCUGCAGCAACCAGCAGCGCAGCCUUGGUUUCCUCGUCCAGCAGCCACUACGACGCCAUCAGCCACGCCGCCAGCUCCUUCCAUGACACGAGGGUCCUCACAGGAGGGGGCGGGGGCACGGGAGGAGGGGCCGACGGCGGCAUAUCGGACAUCAUUUCUCUGGAUUGAGCCACGCCAUACUGGACCUGAUGGAGCCUGGUUUUCUUUUUAAUGUGAAAUAUUGUAAAUGUUGAGUUUUCCACGCGAGCGCUCUGAUGACGGCAGAGCCUGUUUUUAUCAGUGCUAGCAUUAGCAUGAGAAAUGCCAUGGACCACAUUAACUGAAGAGUUUCUUAAUCAUGUUCAUGGUCAGCUCCUUUAAUAACAUGCAGACAUAUGUACAUAAAACAAAACUGUUUUUGGUUUUAGUUGAUUGUCUGAACUUUCUACACGGUGACAGGAAGUCAUGUGACAUACAUGGUUACACUUUCAAAGGAAAAGCUCUGAACGUCGUCCUGUCAGGACUGGAAACAUUUACAACACCGAGCUGUUGUAGCGAUUUGUUUCCUUUCAUGUUGGACCUGAACUGUGUGCCUCGUCAGUGUGGAGUGGACUCAGAGUGGACCCGCUGCUCUGGGCUGGACGUAAAGAAGACGCUGUCACAGUGAGUGGGAGUUUCCCCACACAGACAGUGGACUGAGCCGUCUCCAGCUCUGGUGUCUGUGGACGUUGUUACUGGGUGGAUCUCAUGUCAUACCAACACAAACUGUUUGUUCGAUCAUACAGUAAAUGAAUCAGAGCAAUAAGAGUUUGGCAGGUUCCAGUGACACAGAGCUGUAAUUAAAGGUUAAACUUCACUCUAAUGAACUGCUUUGUGUUUGUAAAGGAAUCAGUGACGCGCUCUCAGAGGUGUUCAGGUGGAUGUUAAUCUCAGGGUACAUGUGACGUAUACACCUGCACUAUGUUACAGUGACGUCCUGACGUUCUUCACAUACUGUGUUUCCUGUUUAAUGGUUUCCAUAGUUACACACACAGCAGACAUGUCGCCUUGUCACAGCAGGCAAAGCAUCCAUAAAACCGAGGCUCACGUCUGUGGUGACGCUGCUGUGCUGCUGCCUCAUUAGUUCAUGUCACAGACGCGCAGUUAUUGUUGGUGUUAUCAUCAUGUUGAGUCCACAGCCUCAGUCAUGCUUCUGUCUGUCCGUCAGUCCCGCCCACAUCACCACUCAUAUGUGAAAACAAACUCAUGACGUUCAUCACUCUCACGAACGAAAUCCAGACUUUG